AAUCAGCAGCGAAAGGAUCUGAAAACCCACUUUAAAUGGUCGGCCAAAGCAAACGCUGUUAGUUUGGAGGAUGAGAGGCAAACAUACAGGAAUAUUUUCUAAAACCCUCUGGAAAUACAGCCACUCCUUUAGUGACUAUUUAUACUCGCUGAUAGGUUUGAUAUAGCACCACCAUGGCCACUUCAGCCAGUUCCAAGCUGAGCAAAACUGUGAAACAGCAGUACUUGGACCUCCCUCAGGGAGACGAGGUUCAGGCUAUGUACAUCUGGAUUGAUGGAACCGGGGAGGGAUUGAGGUGCAAGACCAGGACUCUAGAUUCAGCACCUAAGACCAUUGAAGAGCUUCCUGAAUGGAACUUUGAUGGUUCUAGCACAUAUCAAUCUGAGGGGUCCAACAGUGACAUGUACUUGAUACCCCAAGCCAUGUUCAGAGACCCUUUCAGAAAGGAUCCCAACAAACUGGUUCUGUGUGACGUUCUCAAAUACAACCGCAAACCUGCUGAAACCAACCUUCGUCAGAUGUGUAAAAAGAUCAUGGGUAUGGUACAGAAUAAGCAUCCUUGGUUUGGAAUGGAACAGGAGUACACUAUUCUCGGCACAGAUGGUCAUCCAUUUGGUUGGCCCUCCAAUGGCUUUCCUGGACCUCAAGGUCCAUACUACUGUGGUGUGGGAGCUGAUAAGGCCUAUGGACGAGAUGUUGUAGAAGCCCAUUAUAGAGCCUGUUUGUAUGCUGGAGUAAAAAUCUGUGGCACUAAUGCUGAAGUCAUGCCAGCACAGUGGGAAUUCCAAGUUGGCCCCUGUGAGGGUAUUGAUAUGGGAGACCAUUUGUGGAUAGCCCGCUUCCUCCUGCACAGGGUUUGUGAAGACUUCGGCGUUGUAGCCUCUUUUGACCCAAAGCCCAUUUCAGGGAACUGGAAUGGAGCUGGCUGCCACACCAACUUCAGCACCAAGGAGAUGCGUGAGGAAGGGGGUUUGAAAUAUAUUGAGGAGUCAAUUGAGAGGCUGGCCAAGAGACACCAGUACCAUAUUCGUGCCUACGAUCCUAAAGGAGGGCUGGACAAUGCCAGACGACUGACUGGCCGUCACGAGACCUCCAAUAUCAACGAGUUCUCUGCUGGAGUGGCUAACCGUGGUGCUAGCAUUCGAAUUCCACGAUCUGUGGGCCAAGAAAAAAAGGGCUACUUUGAAGACCGCCGUCCCUCGGCCAACUGCGAUCCGUACGCAGUCACCGAAGCUCUUAUACGCACAUGUCUGCUCAGCGAAGAGGGUGAAGAGCCAAUGACAUACAAGUGAAAUACUGGACUGAAGCGUCAUUUAAGUAAUUAACUCUUACUGGCGGCUUGCAUUUUUGUUCAUUAGUCCAUGUGAAAUGAGGGAUGACACUAGAUGGAUCACUUCCCUGUUUGUUGGUUGUAGAAGGACACAUUGGGUCAGUUUAUAUCCUACAAAUUUAGCUUUCUCACUGCCAGUUACUUUUUUACUAG